AUGUCACAUCUUGAUUUGGGAGGUUGCAAGAAGAGGAAGAGAGGAGAAAGGGUUUUCAAGUUUAAAUCAUUUGGAGGACAAGGCUCUCCGGUGGAGUGGACUGGCUCCUUUUGGGAGAAUGUGAAAGCCCUUUUGGAGUUUGGUCAUUUGGAGAGGGAUUUGUGUUGCGGUGGAAUGUCGUGUUGGUCUUUCCAGCUCGAAGUCCACCGCCACCCUCCCUUGUCUGUGUUGCUUUUUGUGGUCGAGGAACCGGUUGAGGAGUCUCUUCAUCGACACUGCAAAUAUUGUCGUUAUGUAGGUUGGGGACAACAUAUGAUUUGUAAUAAGAAGUACCAUUUCUUAGUGCCUUGCAAGGACUCAUAUGGAGCUGGAGAUUCAAAGGGUAAGUUCAAUCUUAUAGAAUUGAAUGGCCAUAUCUUGCAUGGGAUUUUUCACUCUAAUGGCUUCGGUCAUUUGCUAUGCAUUAAUGGGUACGAGUCUGGCUCCGAGCUUCCGGGAUACAAGAUUAUGGACUUUUGGGAUCGCCUAUGCACAGGAUUGCACGCAAGGGACGUGAGUGUAAAUGACAAUUCGCAGAAACGAGGCAUGGAUACAAGGUUACUCCAUGGAGUAGCAUAUGGAGAACCAUGGUUUGGUCAGUGGGGUUAUCGAUUUGGGCGUGGAUGCUACGGAGUGACUCAAGUAGUUUACCAAAAGGCGAUAGAAACCCUAAGAAACAUGCCCUUUGCAUUACUUUUCCACCAUUAUGGGAGCACAAUAUGUAACCAUGAGAUAUCAGUCAUAUUGUCAAGGUAUCAAUCAAUUUCAGGGUAUUCUCUAAUGACUCUAGGUGACCUAUUACAUUUCAUGUUUGAGCUGAGAUACCAAGUUCCAAAGGAAAACCAUAUUGCCAGCUCUUAUAACCCUAGAGUUUUGGUGGAGAGUGCCUGUAGAUGGUCCCAAAAGAGAGUAGAGAUGGCCACUCGAGUGAUUGUGGAAGCAUUAAAAAAAGCCGAAUUCAAGUGGGUAUCGAGGCAAGAGGUUCGCGAUGCUGCUCGUGCCUACAUAGGUGACACGGGGCUUCUAGAUUUUGUGCUCAAGUCUCUUGGGAAUCAUGUAGUUGGUAAUUAUCUUGUUCACCGUAGCUUGAAUCCGGUGACCAAAGUUCUCGAGUAUUGUUUAGAGGACAUAACAAACGCAUUUCCCAACCAAGAAGGCGAUAAUUCUGACAUGAACAAGCUCACUAAAGUGCAACUUAUGAAAGACAUGUUUUAUCUUUACACUCACAUUCUUGUGGAGCACAAGCCAAUUACAAUGACUAUGGAUGUAAUUCCAACCAUCCCUUUGGCUUCAAGGAUAAUCCUCGACACUAAAUAUUUCAUCAAAGUAUACAACGACGAAGCAUCGAAGGCGGGCUUUACGGGAGAUUCAAAAAUAUAUUGUACCGUCGCAUUAAGUAACAAAAAUUCCACGAUGAUUGAGGUGGGACCGAAAACAAUUUCCCCACCGUGUGAGUGUUUCACAUUGGACAACACCACCUCAUUUAAUGAUCUAAGGGUCCUAGUUGAAGAAAGGUUCAAAGAGAUGUAUUUGGGACUAAAGGGUAUUGAAUUGGGAUUGGAGGCUAAGGGAUCCGACCUAGUUCUCGAGAAGUUUUCCAAUCAAUUGGGAGGAAGAACCCUUAUCUUCGAUGCUUCAAAUCAUAUGGAGCGAGGAAAAGAGGUACACGAGGACACAUUCGAAGGAUCUCAAAACGUUAUUGUUCAUUGUCUUUGUGGAGCCACAGAUGACGAUGGAGAACGUAUGGUGUGCUGCGAUGUAUGCGAGGUAUGGCAACACACUAGGUGUGUUAGGAUCCCGAAUGAUCAACAAGUCCCAAACGUAUUCCUUUGUACUAGAUGUGAGCACGAAAUUCUGCUCUUCCCAUCAAUACCAUAA